AUGGCGAAAGAGGACCAAGCUGGCGCCUCGGACAAAGGCAAAGGAAAGGUUGAUGAUGUCCGAGACUUACAGGAGGAUAAAAAGGAAAGCAAAGAUGGAAAACUUACGAUAAACGGGAAGAAGGAUGAGAAGCCCAAGGAAGCUUUAGAAACGAUCAAAGAGUUGAUCAAAACCUCCACAUCUUCCAUGACCGCCGUUCCGAAGCCGCUCAAAUUUCUAAGACCGCACUAUGACGAGCUUACGACCCUCUACGAGCAGUGGCCGGCUGGUGACGAUAAGGAUUCUCUUGCAGACAUGCUUUCCGUUCUGGGUAUGACCUACGGUGACGAAGAAAAAUUCGAGACCCUGAAAUACCGGCUUCUCUCCAGAUCGAAUGACCUUGGUGCAUGGGGCCAUGAAUAUAUUAGGCACCUUGCCCUGGAAAUCGGCCAGGAAUACCAGAACAGAAUAACGGAUGAAAAGGACGUUCAAGACUUGGUCGAUCUCGCCUUAUCGCUCGUUCCAUACUUCCUUAGACACAAUGCCGAAGCCGACGCUGUCGAUCUUCUGAGCGAACUCGAAAUGAUCGAGGAGGUUACCAAGUUUGUCGACGAAAAUACAUAUCCCCGGGUAUGUCUUUAUAUGGUCAGCAUGGUAAAUCUUCUCACAUACCCAGAAGAUCACCAGUUUUUACGGACGGCGCACAAUAUUUAUAUGCGAUAUAACAAAUUCACACAAGCAAUAGUCAUUGCCAUCCGCUUGAAUGAUAUUGACCUCAUAAUGAGUGACUUCAAUGCGACGUCGGAUAAGUCAAUCAGGAGACAAAUGGCUUUCCUAGUGGCUCGCCAGCAGAUCUGGCUCGAUCUUGAAGAUGAGGAUGAUUCGGAAUUGGCGGAUUGCCUCAACAAUACACAACUUUCGACCCAUUUCCGAACUCUUGCUAAGGAACUCAAUAUUCUGGACCCAAAAAUGCCUGAGGAUAUCUACAAGACCCAUCUCGAAAGCAAUCGCGGUGCGGGGCUCACCAAUGUGGAUUCGGCAAGGCAUAAUCUUGCCAGCGCUUUCGUUAAUGCAUUUACGAACGCAGGAUUUUGCAAUGAUAAGAUGAUGCUGGUUGACGAUGACAAAGGGCCAUGGGUUUGGAAGACGAAAGAUGACGGUAUGAUGUCGACAGCUGCGUCAAUGGGCAUGCUUCUUCAAUGGAAUGUUGAAGAAGGGUUGGAUAAGAUUGACAAGUUCACGUAUGCGGAAGAGUAUCAAAUCAAGGCGGGAGCGUUACUCGCAAUUGGUAUUCUUAAUUCUGGAGUGCGACUUGAUUCCGACCCUGCUUUGGCUUUGUUGAGCGAUCCAGAUAACCUGGCUAGCAAGAACACCAUGAUGAGGGUGGCAUCCAUUAUGGGUCUCGGACUUUCAUAUGCUGGAUCGUGCCGAGAGGACGUUUUGGACGUUCUAUUACCCAUUGUUGAAGAUUCUUCUUUACCCAUGCAGAUCUCGGCUAUGGCAGCAGUGUCUUUGGGCCUAGUAUUUGUUGGUUCAUCGAAUCACCGGGUCAGCGAGGCUAUAGCCACCACAUUGAUGGACGAAGAGAGACAACCUCAGCUAAAAGACAAGUGGACAAGGUUCAUGGCGCUGGGCCUUGCUCUCUUGUAUUUCGGAAGGCAGGAGGAAGUCGAAGUCAUCCUUGAUAUUCUAAAGGCUAUCGAUCAUCCGAUGGCCAAGCCAACUUCGGUACUAGCUUCUGUCUGCGCCUGGGCGGGCACGGGAACUGUAUUGAAACUUCAAGAGCUCCUGCAUAUCUGCAACGAUCAAAUUGAAGACAAGGAAGAGAAGAAAGGAGAGGAACUUGUUCAAUCGUAUGCUGUCCUGGGCUUGUCUCUUAUCGCCAUGGGAGAGGACAUUGGCCAAGAAAUGGUCCUCCGACAAUUCGGCCACUUGAUGCACUACGGCGCUGCAAAUAUUAGAAAAGCUGUUCCCCUUGCCAUGGGUCUUAUUAGCGCGAGCAAUCCUCAAAUGGGUGUUUACGAUACUUUAUCGCGAUACAGCCAUGACAACGACAAUGACGUCGCCAUCAAUGCAAUUUUUGCUAUGGGUCUUCUUGGAGCGGGAACCAACAACGCUAGGCUUGCACAACUCCUCCGUCAACUCGCUAGCUACUAUCACCGCGAUCAGAACUCCUUGUUCAUGGUUAGAAUCGCCCAAGGACUUUUACAUAUGGGCAAAGGCAGCCUUACAUUCAACCCGUUCCAUACUGACCGCCAGGUUCUAUCGAGAGUGGCAGCCGCUGGUCUUCUCACGGUUUUAGUUGCGAUGAUAGACGCUAAAGAAUUCGUCCUAGCUGACUCACACUACCUCCUCUAUUACCUUGUCACUGCCCUUUACCCUCGAUUCCUAAUUACGCUUGAUGAAGAUUUGCAGCCACUCAAGGUGAACGUGCGUGUCGGUCAGGCCGUGGAUGUUGUUGGCCAGGCCGGUAGACCAAAAACCAUCACCGGUUGGCAAACACAAAGCACACCGGUCUUACUGUCAUACGGGGACAGGGCAGAGCUGGAAGACGAGCAGUACAUCAGUCUCAGCAAUAGCCUUGAAGGGCUCGUGAUUUUGCGAAAGGUACACAACUUCCUUCCAUUCGUCUCUGAGUUCCAAACUAACGACCCUUUUUUAGAACCCUGA